GCGAAAGAAAAAGGGAAAUGUGUUCGAUGGCAAUGGGGUUUUCAAUAGCAGCAGCAGCAACCGCCACCAACAGUCGCUUUUUUACCCCUCCCCCUAUCCGUCUCCGACACACUACCCCCCUGAUUUCCCCUCUGCACACAUCACCGCUGUCGUUAUUUCACUGGAAAAAGCUUCCACCCCGUGUGGUCUCCACCACCAAUGUGGAAACCGAACAAUUCGAUGCACAGAGAGAUUUUUGGUACACUGUUGCCCUGAUCAAAGACCUGGACCCAAAUAUCCGAACCUCUUUUACCAUAGCUCUCUACGGUCGCAUCACGGUUAUCCAGCUACUCAAAGAGAACGACCAAUGGAUUGCUUUCAAGGAAAAUUCUGUACACUGUCCUUUUGGAUGGCCGGUUCAGGGGUGCAGCCGGUGCUCGAGUGGAUCAUCAAAUGAACGAGCUGCUCAAUCGCCGAGAGCUUGUGGUACCAGGUUCCCGACAAUGGAGUCUGAAGGUGUGCUGUAUGUUCGGCAACGGGUGAGUUUCACCCAGCCUCCAAGGUAA